UCGCAUGCGCACUGGGAUACUAUAGUCUGGGACCAGACCGAGGACAGGACGCGAGCAAGAGGAGGAUCUUCGGCAAGUAUUUUCCAAGUCCGGGCAUCGGCUAAACGAUGCAUUAAAUGACAAGGGCAGCAACAAGCCAGGUACACAGAGCAUCAUUGUCCCAUCACCCUACCAUGGAUAACCUAGAAGAGGACCUGACAUGUUCUGUGUGCUAUUCCCUCUUUGCUGAUCCUCGGGUCCUGCCCUGCUCCCACACCUUCUGUAAGUCCUGCUUGGACAACGUACUCCAAGUCUCUGCAGUCUAUUCAAUCUGGCGUCCGCUGCGGCUCCCACUCAAGUGCCCCAACUGCCGCAGUGUGGUAGAGCUCCCGCCUACAGGUGUUGAUGCAUUGCCCAUAAAUGUCUCCCUCCGCGCCAUCAUUGAGAAGUUCCAGAAGGACAGCCAACCACAGCCCCCCUCCUGCCCUGAGCACCACCGACAGCCCCUCAACAUCUACUGUGUCCAGGACCGCCAGCUCAUCUGUGGCUUCUGCCUAACAGUGGGCCAGCACCAGGGACACCCCAUUGAUGACCUGCAGGCAGCCUUCAUCAGGGAAAGGCAGGCACCCGCUCACCUACUGAGGAGGCUCUCAGACCACCGCUGGGCAGAGGUGUGUGAGCUGGGGGAGCAGUUGGAUCAGGAGAAGGCCAGCUGCGAGGGCCUAGUGAGGCAGGACCGGCAGGCCGUGGAACAGUACUUCCAGGGGCUGGAGCUGGUGCUUGCCAGGAAGAAAGAGGCAUUCAUGGGGGCCCUGGACACCGCAAGCAUGGAGGUGUCGCUGGCCUACAAUCCACUCAUCCAGAGGCUGAAGGAGCUGCAGGAGGAGCAGCUGGACUUGUUGUCUCUGGGCUCAGCUGUGGAAGAUGAAGACUCCCCCCUGGUGUUCCUGGAGAAGGUGCAUCUGUUCCGGGAGAGGGUGGAGGCACUGGUAAAUGCCACCCUGCCUGAAGUCACAUCCCUCACUAUCACCCCCCGUGCUGCUGAGUACCUGGAGCAGCACUGGGUGGGGGUGACCAUCGGAGGGCUGGAGGAAGGGCCGGUGCCUCGGGUCUGCUGCUGUGCCAAGCCCACCAUUCUGGAGAUGGUUCUUAGGACAGAGACCGGGAGUCAACCUGGAGGCUGGGUCCGUGAUCUGUGGCAGCAGCUCCAUCCCACUCCCCCAGUGGUGCUCCUGGGGAUGCUGCUGCUCCUGGCGGCAGUGUGGGUGAAUCCUGUUGGCGGAGCAUCUCUGGGAUUCUCCUUGCUGUCCCAGCUCAGUCAGAUGGUGCACGGCCUGAGUAGCGAACUGACCACCUCACUAUGGGAGACAACAGGCUUUCUGUAUGCACAGACAGGGGAGGUGGUGUGGAGGUACAGCUCUGCCCUCUCCACACUGGGGGAGAACACCUACCAGCAGCUGGCAUCCCUCUACAAGACCCUCAGCACCUGACUCUUCACUUCAGGAAGGACCCCAGCUCCUUGUGACAUAAGGUCUUAAUGUCACCUGUUACACUCCUUUGGUUGGGAAUUGACACCAACUGUGCCUAGCGAUUGGAACUUUCCUGAUGCAGCAGGAUACAGUUGACAGAAAACACAGGUGUUACUUCUGGGACUAACCCUGACCCCAGCUAAAGCUUAUCACAGGAAGAUACUGCCUCAUGUACCAGAAAAUGAAAAACCAUGAUAUGCAUUCAGAAGAUUGAAAACAGUUAUUUACAUUUUCAUUGGUACUGGUCCCCCAUGGGAAUUGAAUCCACAACCCUGGCAUUGCAAGUGCCAUGUUCUACCAACUAAGCCAGACAGGUUUAUAUACACUGCUCAAAAAAAUAAAGGGAACACUUAAACAACACAAUGUAACUCAAGUCAAUCACACUUCUGUGAAAUCAAACUGUCCACUUAGGAAGCAGCACUGAUUGACAAUACAUUUCACAUGCUGUUGUGCAAAUGGAAUAGACAACAGAUGGAAAUUAUAGGCAUUUAGCAAGACACCCCCAAUAAAGGAGUGGUUCUGCAGGUGGUGACCACAGACCACUUCUCACUUCAUAUGCUUCCUGGCUGAUGUUUUGGUCACUUUUGAAUGCUGGCGGUGCUUUCACUCUAGUGGUAGAAUGAGACGGAGUCUACAAUCCACACAAGUGGCUCAGGUAGUGCAGCUCAUCCAGGAUGGAACAUCAAUGCGAGAUGUGGCAAGAAGGUUUGCUGUGUCUGUCAGCGUAGUGUCCAGAGCAUGAAGGCGCUACCAGGAGACAGGCCAGUACAUCAGGAGAUGUGGAGGAGGGCAACAACCCAGCAGCAGGACCGCUACCUCCGCCUUUGUGCAAGGAGGAGCAGGAAGAGCACUGCCAGAGCCCUGCAAAAUGACCUCCAGCAGGCCACAAAUGUGCAUGUGUCUGCUCAAACGGUCAGAAACAUACUCCAUGAGGGUGGUAUGAGGGCCCGACGUCCACAGGUGGGGGUUGUGCUUACAGCCCAACACCGUGCAGGACGUUUGGCAUUUGCCUGAGAAGAUUGGCAAAUUCGCCACUGGCGCCCUGUGCUCUUCACAGAUGAAAGCAGGUUCACACUGAGCACAUGUGACAGACGUGACAGUCUGGAGACGCCUUGGAGACUAUUCUGCUGCCUGCAACAUCCUCCGGUUUGGCGGUGGGUCAGCAUUUCUUUGGUGGGCCGCACAGCCCUCCAUGUGCUCGCCAGAGGUAGCCUGACUGCCAUUAGGUACCGAGAUGAGAUCCUCAGACCCCUCGUGAGACCAUAUGCUGGUGCGGUUGGCCCUGGGUUCCUCCUAAUGCAAGACAAUGCUAGACCUUGUGUGUCAGCAGUUCCUGCAAGAGGAAGGCAUUAAUGCUAUGGACUGGCCUGCCCGUUCCCGACCUGAAUCCAAUUGAGCACAUCUGGGACAUCAUGUCUCGCUCCGUCCACCAACGCCACGUUGCACCAGACUGUCCAGGAGUUGGCGGAUGCUUUAGUCCAGGUCUGGGAGGAGAUCCCUCAGGAGACCAUCCGCCACCUCAUCAGGAGCAUGCCCAGGCGUUGUAGGGAGGUCAUACAGGCACGUGGAGGCCACACACACUGCCUCAUUUUGACUUGUUUUAAGGACAUUACAGGCUGAUCCAACUUUGAUGUAGUGUGGUUUUCCACUUUGAGUGAGACUCCAAAUCCAGUCCUCCAUGUGUUGAUCAGUGUGAUUUUGUCAGCACAUUAAACUAUGUAAAGAAAAGUAUUUAAUAAGAAUAUUUCAUUCAUUCGGAUCUAGGAUGUGUUAUUUUAGUUCCCUUUAUUUUUUGGAGCAGUGUAUAACCACGAGCCUUAAAUACUUCAUAUGCCUUAACAAAUGUAACAUUUUCAGAACCUUAUGCACAGCUUUUUCAAGACAUUCUAUAGCCCUACAGGACUUUUUCCCCAGCUAUUUAACCUUCACCAGAAUAUCCUUCUGUUAAAUCAAGUACCGAUUCUGUAUGUAAACUACAAUAAUCGUGACACCUGUCAGAAUUAAAUAAAAAUGGGAGGACGGGA